GCUAAGGCUGGAGUAGCCACCAUUUUGCAUGUCUGGUGUGUUCCUGCCUCCAUUGCUAAUAGAGAAGAUUCCAGUUCUUUUCUGGCAUCGUUACGGCUAAGAAUGCCAGCUCCAAUCAGACUGCGGGAACUCAUCCGGACCAUCCGGACAGCCCGGACCCAGGCAGAGGAGCGUGAGAUGAUCCAGAAAGAGUGUGCUGCUAUUCGUUCGUCCUUUAGAGAGGAAGACAAUACAUACCGUUGCAGAAAUGUGGCCAAGCUACUUUAUAUGCACAUGUUGGGCUACCCAGCACACUUUGGACAGCUGGAGUGUCUGAAGCUGAUUGCAUCCCAGAAAUUCACUGACAAACGAAUAGGUUAUUUGGGAGCUAUGCUUCUAUUGGAUGAGAGACAGGAUGUUCAUCUACUAAUGACAAAUUGCAUUAAGAAUGAUUUGAAUCACAAUACACAGUACGUCCAGGGUCUGGCUCUGUGCACUUUAGGCUGCAUGGGUUCCUCAGAAAUGUGUCGUGACCUCGCAGGGGAAGUGGAGAAGCUGCUAAAAACAUCCAACUCUUACUUAAGGAAAAAAGCAGCGUUGUGUGCAGUUCAUGUCAUCAGGAAGGUCCCAGAACUUAUGGAAAUGUUCCUUCCAGCCACAAAAAACCUGCUGAGCGAGAAGAACCACGGUGUUCUCCAUACAUCAGUUGUUCUCCUCACUGAAAUGUGUGAAAGAAGUCCUGACAUGCUGGCCCACUUCAGAAAGAAUGAGAAGCUGGUUCCACAGUUGGUAAGAAUCCUGAAGAACCUAAUAAUGUCUGGAUACUCUCCUGAACAUGACGUGUCGGGCAUAAGCGACCCUUUCCUGCAGGUGCGGAUAUUGAGACUACUGCGAAUUUUAGGCAAGAACGAUGAUGAUUCCAGUGAAGCAAUGAAUGAUAUUCUUGCACAGGUGGCAACAAACACAGAGACAAGUAAAAAUGUAGGAAAUGCAAUCCUGUACGAGACUGUACUGACUAUUAUGGACAUCAAGUCUGAAAGUGGACUGAGGGUUUUGGCCAUUAACAUACUAGGUCGCUUCCUUCUUAACAAUGACAAAAAUAUAAGAUACGUGGCAUUGACAUCUCUACUAAAGACAGUACAAACAGACCACAAUGCAGUGCAGAGGCAUCGGAGCACCAUUGUGGAUUGCUUAAAAGAUCUGGAUGUUUCCAUCAAGAGACGUGCAAUGGAACUCAGCUUUGCCCUUGUAAAUGGAAACAACAUCAGAGGCAUGAUGAAAGAGCUGCUCUACUUCCUGGACUCAUGUGACCCGGAAUUCAAAGCAGACUGCGCAUCGGGGGUCUUCUUAUCUGCUGAGAAAUAUGCCCCUUCGAAAAGAUGGCACAUAGAUACCAUUAUGAGAGUACUGACAACAGCAGGGAGUUAUGUGCGAGAUGACUCUGUUCCCAACCUCAUCCAGCUCAUCACCAACAGUGUGGAGAUGCAUGCCUAUACAGUACAGAGACUUUACAAAGCUUUGCUGGAUGACAUCUCACAGCAACCUCUUGUGCAGGUAGCAUCGUGGUGCAUAGGAGAGUAUGGGGAUUUGCUAGUGUCAGGCCAGUGUGAGGAGGAAGAGCCCAUUCAGGUGACUGAGGAUGAAGUUCUGGAUGUAUUGGAAGGACUGCUGGUGUCCAAUCUGUCCACACCUGUGACCCGCGGUUAUGCCCUUACGGCCAUCAUGAAGCUGUCUACUCGCUUCAGCAGUGUAAACCGAAUCAAAAAGGUGGUUUCGAUAUAUGGUAGCAGCAUCGACGUGGAACUUCAGCAGAGAGCUGUGGAGUACAAUGCUCUUUUCAAGAAAUAUGAUCACAUGAGGCCAGCACUUCUUGAGCGAAUGCCCAUUAUGGAGAAAACUGCUACUAAUGGCCCCACAGAAAUUGUACAGACAAAUGGGGAGACAGAAUCCUCUGUUGUGGAACCAAAACAUCCACCACCUGUCACUCAACCAGCCAACCAGGCUAAUGAUUUGUUAGAUUUGCUGGGUGGUAAUGAUGUGGUGCCAAUAAUCCAGACCACUGUACCCACCAAGCCUGCCUCAGCUGGAGGAGAACUACUUGAUUUGCUGGGGGACCUUUCACUAAGUGGAGGUCCAGCCCCAGCUCCGGCCCCCUCAGCACCCACUUCCCAACCCUCUUUCCUCUUGGAUGGCCUCUCCUCACAACCCCUGUUUAAUGACUUAGCAGCUGCAGGUAUUCCUCCCAUGACAGCAUACAACAAAAAUGGCCUGAAAAUAGACUUUACAUUUGAGAGAGCCAACCCCAACCCCAACAUCGCAGUUAUAACCAUCCAUGCAUCCAACUCAACAGAAGCAGACAUGACCGAGUUUGUUUUUCAGGCUGCAGUACCAAAGACAUUCCAGCUGCAGCUUCUCUCCCCAAGCAGUAACGUUGUCCCAGCACUCAACCAGGGUACUGUCACACAGGUCAUCAGAGUCCUCAACCCACAGAAACAACAACUACGAAUGAGGAUCAAGCUGACGUACACCCACAAAGGCUCUCCUGUGCAAGACCUGGCUGAAGUUAAUAACUUCCCCCCACAGUCAUGGCAGUGAUGAUCCACUACUGUUGCUCUUAAAGGCCCCGCCAAGGGAACUAUGAAAACGAUUUUUCCUUUCACCUCCCAUCUUUCUUCCAACGGAUCCCCCUGUGACGUCACUGCAGACUGCUGCCCUCGAGUUGCAUGGGAAGCAGCAGAGCAUUGAUCACAGGAGAAAAAUGGAUGUAAUGAAGACCCUGCUGAUAUUACAAGAAUAAUUGGGAAACAUAUCGAUCAAUGAACUUUAUCUUUUCUUUCUUGAUUGGUUUUCAUUAUUUUUUUUUUUAACUAAGUUGUACUGUUCUCACACACACACACCCUCUGCCCAGCACCACUACAACACAGAAGCACACAUGAACACCAUUCACUGUGGCAUACUUUACCUCUCAAGUCACUGUAGGGAAAGUGUUGCCCACUACGAGCACUGCAGUAACCAUAGGUUUAUGUUAAAAUGCAGUUGAGGCACUUUGCUCCCUUGAUAUCGAUGAUUGGCUUUGAAUUCAGUUUUUUACAUCAACCAUCUAUCCUAUGAUGGCAGCAGAAAAAGCUUCGAAAGGUCAUUUUAGUGCAGUCGAAAACCUGUUUGUUUGCUCAAUUCUUUUUUUGUACCCUCCACAUCAUGAGUGAUAUAACUUCUCAGAGUUGUAUUCAGUUUGAAUUACAUUAAUUUGCUUAAAGCAUGUUUGAGUAAUGCUGGGAUCACAGUCACACCUGGACGUAAACUCUAAGGGGCUUUUCUGACUCCUGUCAGUAGACCUCUUUAUCAUAUGUUUCUAUAGGAAGUUGUCUACAUUUGUUUGAUCAGGAUAAGAACAAAUACAGAUCCAAGAUGGCCACUUUGACCACCUCAAGCUAAUUUAGGAGAAAUUAGGUGUUCGUUCAACAGGAUGGAUGUAAUCCAGCUCUAAAACUUACCUGCAGACCAGUUGAUUGCAUUAGUUUCAGAUCUGGAUUUUAAACUUUUUCUGUGUCUCUGUCAUCAGUCUAGCUUGCAUUAUAUUAACAUUUUAUAUUUGUUAAACUUGGUUGAACUUGGUCACAAUGCACAUACAUGUAAAUUAAACUUGUUAUGAAUGUAGUUACAUGCAUUGAAUGCCCCUCGUCCUUCCCCAGUUCUGCAGUAAUUUGACUUCAUGCCUGAUAUCAAAGUGAUGUGCCUUUCUAACUUUGCUAGAUAAAAGCCCCGAACCGUUGAGCUUCGUUUGUAAGUCUGCUUGUGUGAUGAUAGUGUCUGCAUCAUGAGGGAAAGGCUCCUGAUGGAUUUGAACUGGUAGAUUGCUUGAAUUUUUUUUUUCACUUCUAUAUGAGUUAAUCUCCCACUAAUACAGAUCUAAAUGGAUGUCCAUAGAACUCUUUUUGUCUUUAAUUUGGCAAAAAUGUGAUUUACAGGUACAUUAUUGUGGUCAUUUCUUUUACCAGAAAAACAAAAACAAAGAAAAACAGGUUUGAUUAUAUUAACAAAUCCAUAAAAUAAGCAAAUUUCAAAGAUAAUGGCAGCUAAGAGAUGUAAAAUUUCACAAAGCUGGCAUAAAGUUUUCAAGGGUGUUUCUUAAUAAUAAUAAAUGAGUAUCUCUAUUCACCCUCCCAAUCCAUCCAUUAACAGACAUUGAAUUGUUACUCUGGAUCACUUGGAGCAGUACUGUAACAGGUUGUUCUGUGAUGACUGUUUCGAUGAUUUGAACAUGCUCGAUCUCUUCUCUCAUCAAAUCAAAACGGUGACCAUGCUGUCGGGGACGGUAACCUUAUUACCUCACAAUGUUCUUUAUUUCUGUUAACGUUUAGUGGCAGUGGAAUGACAGCUUUUUUUAGUCAUUUAUUUCAAGGGGAGCAUCUGCAUGAGAGGAACUAACAGUAGAUGUGCAUCUCAUUACUUAAUCUUAUACAGCCUUGUCAUGCUGUCCAGAUCUUUGGCUGUUCGGUCAGGCUGUAUAAUUCUUUUCACUAUGCUUCACUAUAUUCUAACUUCUGUGACCAAAUCAGAGAGACUAUUAGCUUUGGAAAUAUUUUUGAGCUAUAUGUGUAUAUGGAGAAAAUUAUUUCAGUUGAACUUUUUUUUCUUUUGUUGACAAAUGCUAUAUUGGCUUUUUUCUGUACAUAUUGAGGGCUUUUACAAUUUUGUCUCUUGUACUAUCUUUCAUCCUUUUUUUAGAUACCAUUUUCUAAAAAUUCCAAUUCACAAUGUAUAUUGUCUACAUAGAUUUAGUCAGCAUCGGUCUAUUACAACUUCCCUGUAUCAUCACUCAUUCAUUGUAAAAGAUAUAUGAUCUGCUGCCUGUACAUUGUAUAUAGUUGUAAAACAAACGCUGAUCAGAUUAAAUAAAACCCACAAAAGAUUAGCUAGAAGGUAUAAUUGUAUGCAUAUAUGUACAAAAAGAAUCUUAAAAGGAUGCAAAUGCACUGCGUUUGAGUUACUAUUUGUCAUACUUCAUGAUUAGAUGCAUCACUUUUACUUGUUUUACAGAGUGGGUCAGUUGGCAGUGUGACGGAUUUGUUUUGGCUGUUUUAAAAAAGGCUUGAAUCUGUCUUAACAGAUGUUUUAAUGACACACUGUACUGCGGAGGAACAUAAGCACAUUGCUGCACAGCUGCAGAAGUGGCACCUUGCUUGAUUUGCUUCCUUGCCCCUCAAACGCCUCAUGUUGUGUAUCUUUGCCCUCUUGAAGAGGAGCAGCUCUCUUGCCAAGAUGCAUCUCUUCCAUCUGGCCUUAUGUGCACUCUUGACAUUCUCUUCAACCUACAGAUUGUCGUGUGAAGUGAUGCCCAUUGGUUUUUGGUGUGUUUGCUCUCUUGGUUGCCUGGUUACUGUUUUGUCUGUCACGUAGCAUCUUUUGAGAAAUUGCUAGUGCUGCACUAGGAGGUUUUAACCUUGUGUUUUUCGUUUUCUUUUCUUUUCCCCAUCAUAGUGUGAAUGUUUUUCUUUUUUUUUUCCAGAAAUGAAAUAGGACUUUUAAUUAUUUUUUAUUUUUUCUUCUGUGUGCUGCUUUCUGAUAAAUCUGUCCCUGAGUCUAAACAAUACACUGCAUUCUUUUGGCUCCCUCAGCGUCUUUUAGUUACUGGUCACUCAUGUAAUUUGUGUGCACAAAUUCGAUUUAUCUUUUGUUUUUUUUCCCCCACAAUGAAAAAUAAUGCCAUUUACCACAUGUGAAAUUAUGUGACCACCCACUAUUUGAAAUACAAUUGCACAUGGCUGUAAAUUGUGACAGGAUAUAAUGGAGUGAGACCUUUUUCUUCUUCUUCUUUUAGGGCUUUGUUAAAGUUCUGUUUUAUCCACUCCUGCUUUACCAAAACAAAUGUGAAAAGCAUGUGCUACAAACUAAUGAUCACAAGGGGGAGCUCUGCAAAAUGGAAGGCUGACAGGAUGAGAAAGCAAGUUUAACACACCUAUUCCUGAAUGUUUUUGUGUGGUUUGUAUUGUCUUAUCCAGCCUGUAUGUACCCUUGUUAAUCACAUCAAGAUAAUUUCUUUCAGUUAUGCUGUUUAAAAUGUACAAAUGGAAGUGAGCCCAACAUAAGUGCUUUGGACACUUUUAACUUUGAAGAAAGAAAUGAGAUCAAUAGGGUGAGUGUGUGUAUGUGUAUCAGAAAACAAUCACACUUGAGUGUGAUGGUGUGCAACUUGUCUUAUCUACAUAGGAUAUAAUUUUUUGCUGCAGUUUCAACUCAGCUUCUGAGCUGCAUGUGAAAAACAGUGUAAAUAAAGUCAUUUCUACUUUUUUUUUUUUUUUCUUUUCAAAUUGAGAUAUUAAAAUCAGUCACACAUCCCCCCUUCAUGGAUCAGCACUAACAUGAAGGAUUAGAGGUUGCUCUGAAAGUACUCACAACACUGUUAACGUUUUUAAAAGGGCAAUGAAAGUGCACAUCUGUCAUUAGAUAACGUGGACAUUCGAGCUUUGUCUUUGUUGGGAUGAAGUCAUUGUGAAGGGCUUGAAAGAGUGUCUGAAUAACCGCCAUAUGCACUUUCCCUGUUCAAUCAAAAUAAAAUGCAUCUGCUGUAUUUUGAGAACGUAAUCUGUAACCCCCUCCCUCGUCAAGACCUACUCUGAAAACAGAAUGGUGUGUUUAUUUUGGGGGGAGUGCAAAGGCAUGAGGUUCACUUUAGUCAGCUUUGACGCAUUGAACGGUUUUCCCAGUUCCAUGGCUUCAAGGAGAGCGUGAAUGUCAGACUGAAAAUAUGAAAUGAGAAGUUGUAAACUAUUAAAUGGGAUAUUUUCAAUUU